GUAGCCCUUUCCCCGCCCCCUUUAUUACCUAACAGGGGGCGGAGCUUAGCGUCCCGACUUUUUUUCCUACCACAGUAGCUCAGGUCAUGGCGACUCCUAACUCUGUGACUCCGGAGGCGCCCUUUGAACCAUCGCGGCCCCCAGUCAUUGAGGGCUUCAGCCCGAGUGUCUACAGCCAUCCAGAAGGCUUCAAGGAGAAGUUCCUUCGUAAGACCCGCGAGAACCCAAUGGUACCCUUAGGCUGCCUGGGCACAGUGGCUGCCCUCACCUACGGCCUCUACUGCUUUCACCGGGGCCACAGCCAGCGCUCCCAGCUCAUGAUGCGCACCCGGAUCGCCGCCCAAGGCUUCACGAUCACGGCCAUAUUGGUGGGGCUAGCUGCCUCUGCCCUGAACUGCAAGCACUUCCCCUCUGGGCACCUGGUGCGCCGGCUCUGUGACCAGGCCAGAGUCCCUGCCCUGCAGGCCUGGGAAAGGAUGAGGCUGCAGAAGCAUCCUUGA